UUGUGAUGUCAGAACCUCACGUCAUAAAUCUUUGACUUGAAGUGAAAUGUACUCAGUUGGACCUUCUGACAGCUCAUCAAGAGGACAUGCAGCACACAGACCUCAGACUCAAGAUGAUGGCAGUGGUGUGGAUUACAGUGGGGCUUUUUAAUAAAAUUGAUCCUGCACAAACGAACAGCGUCCAUCAGCCGAACCCGGUGAUCACUGCUACUGCUGGUGAUAACGUGACUCUACAGUGCUUUCUGCUGGGAGAACAAAAUACUGAUCCCAUCGUCUGGUACAAGCAAGCAGGAGGACACGAACCUUCUUUAGUGGCUGUGGUACAGAAUGCACAGGAUCCCAUUUACAAAGAUGAAUUGAAAUCUCCAAGGUUCAGAAUCGAGAAAGGAAGCAAGAACUGUCAUUUGAAGAUAAUCAACGUGAACCUAUCAGAUGAGGCCAUGUAUUACUGUGGCUUCAUUACAUUUAUAACAAGAUUUGCAAAAGGAACUUUUUUAUCAGUGAAAGGUGAUGGAGAUGUAAAAGUCUCAGUGUUCCAGAGCGGCGUGUGGGACUCGGUUCCUGCAGGAGCGUCAGUGACUCUGCAGUGCUCGGUUCUCUCUGAGAGCAGAUCAGCAGAACUACAAGUGCUCUGGUUCAGAGCUGCUCCACCACAAUCCCAUCCUCAAAUCAUUUACACUCAUCACAACAGCAGAAAUCAGUGUGAGAGCGGCUCUUCUACACACACCUGUGUGUACAACUUCUCCAAGAACAUCCUCAGCCUCAAUGAUACUGGAACUUACUACUGCGCUGUGGCCGUGUGUGGGAAGAUCAUUUUUGGAAACGGGACACGAGUACAAAAAGAGAAUUGUGGUUGGUGAACAAAUUGUGUAUAUUAUUUGGAUUUCAUAGGUACAGAAAACAACAUAAAAUACCUACAUUAAAAAAUUGCUUAAUGUUGGAAGUUCUGUGGUUAUGUAUUUUGUUUAUUUCUUUGUGAUCAUACUACAUGUUCAUAUGCAGACAGUAACUUGAUGAUUUGUUUCCCAAAGAAAAAGAAACAGCUUUUAAUCCUGUCGUGAUCUGUCUGGGAACAGCGUUAGUAAUAUGCGGGAUUCUGAUCUCUGUUCAAGCUGUUUUACUCUGUAAAAUGAAAAACUGUCAACAAUACACAGGUAACUGUUUAAUAUGGCAGUGUAAAUUCCUUUUUCGUUCACUUCUUACAUAAAAAUGACCUCAGCAGUUAUUUACAAUUCAGAUUCAAUUAUUAGAAUGAUUUGAUUAGGUUGUUAAAAAUGAAUGUUAAAAUACAAUAAGGAAAAUUAUUAGCCGUAUCAGAUCUUCAUGCAUAAUGAGUCAGACUCUUCACAGAAGAAAAUCUCUUAUCAUUUAUUUUUUUCCAGAGAGCUUUCAGCAUGGUGCUGUGAUAAACACUGAGAAGACGAACACUCAGGUACUUGUUCAAUGCAGGAAAUGACUAAUGAUAAUUUUCCUUUUAAAUUCAGAACAAAAACCAAAAUGUUUAACCUGAUUUUUUUUUUUUUCAAAGUUCUUGGAUUUUUUUACAUUUUGCUAAAUAUACUCCAGCAAUUCUUAUCAAAUUCACAGUUAAUUUGUCACUCAUUGUAGAUUGAUUAAAUAAUAAAUGGAACCAUCUAGUCUUGAAACGAGUUAGAGGAAUAGUUAUUCAUAUUUUUAUUAUUUAGUUCUGAUUUUAUGUUCAUUUCCACAGGACCAUGAUGCUGUAGAACUGAAUUACGCUGCCUUACAUUUUAAUGAAAGGAAAACUAAAAGAGCGAGAGAAAAUCGAGAUCGAUCUCAAGGCAGUGUGUACUCUGAAGUGAAAUCUUCCAGCAUUACUCACUAAAAUAGGUCUUUAUAAUUAUUUUUUUUUCCUGAAACUUUUAGUAUUUUUGAUCUGCUUUAAUGUUUCUGUUCAAAAGCAGACUGUGGUGAAUUAUCAGAAUUUUUUUAACUCAUUAAAUACAGAUGGGUGGCUCUGUUGUUCUGUGUGUGUUGGGGGGGUGGUAUUUAUUUAUUUUUCUGCCAUGGUUUGGCUCCACUUGUCCUUGAAGGAAAAUGUUACUGCAAAAAAGUUCUUCUUCCUAAAAAAAAAAAAAAAAACAUUUCUAUCCUGUUGGGCGUGGUCUCUUCCAGGAUAACUCCGCCCCAUCCACUGGGCACCUGUUUCUAGAUUUCUCUCCUUGUAAUAUAAUCAUUUAACCUUUCACACUGUUCUGUCACAAACACCUGACUGAAAAGAUUUGUUUUAAGCCCAGUUCAGUCAUGAAACUUCUCCAUCCAUGUAACCCU